GCUGUGCACAACGUCCCCUCAAAUGAUGCCAUAGCGACUGCUGAGUUGGAUCUGUAAAGCAGGUAAGCUAACUUCUGCUUUGAUGAAGAAUGUCAUGAGAGUUUCAUGAGAGUUUUCUUUGUGGGAUACAGGGAAAUUAUUCAAGAUAAGGCAACAUGAUCCUGAAGGACACUGACUCAGAGAAUGUGAAUGGAUCAGCUAUGGAAGUGAAGUCAGUGACGCAGUCUUUGGAGGAUGAAGGCACCAAGAAACUACCAGCCGAGGCAAAAUCAUCAUCUUGCAAAGGGCUGAAGGCUUUCCUGGCUGCACUGGCUUUUACCUACUUCAGCAAAGUAUUUUCUGCGGCUAUGAUGAAAAGUUCUUUCACGCAACUGGAAAGGAGAUUUGGCAUCUCUUCCUCUACUGCUGGCUUCAUGGAUGGAGGCUUUGAAUUGGGGAAUUUGUUGGUGAUUUCGUUUGUGAGUUACUUUGGAGCGAAAUUUCAUCGGCCAAGGGUGAUUGCUCUUGGCUGUUUCAUCAUGUCCCUUGGGAGCUUUUUAACAGCAAUGCCUCACUUCUUCAUGGGAUAUUAUAAAUAUGAGACGUUAUCACGUGCAUCUGAGAACUCAACAUUCAACAUCUCUCCCUGCCUACUAAACCAAACAGUUCGAGGAUUAGAAGGGAUGCCAGGGUCGGGCUGUGACAAGGAAGUUACAUCUUAUGCAUGGAUUUAUGUCUUGAUGGGGAAUCUUCUACGUGGGAUAGGUGAAACACCAGUAACUCCACUGGGCAUCUCUUACCUUGAUGAUUUCUCUAGAGAAGAAGAUACUCCUUUUUAUAUUGGUUGUUUGCACACAAUAGCAAUGAUUGGCCCAAUGGUUGGAUUCCUUUUGGGAUCUCUGUUAGCCAAACUGUAUGUGGACAUUGGCUUUGUGGAUCUAGAUACGGUAACUAUAACUCCAACUGAUUCCCGUUGGGUUGGUGCAUGGUGGUUGGGCUUUUUGGUCGCCGGCAUCAUCAAUCUGAUUUCUGGAAUUCCUUUCUGCUUUCUGCCUAAAAGUCUGGACAAAGAAGGAGAGAAUGCUUCUGUCAAGAAAACACUGUAUGCCCAGAAAAUGAAUGGUGAUGAAAGCCAUGUGCAGAAGUCUGAAAGUCAACAAGAAGUGGGGUUCACAACAAAACUGAAAGGUUUCUUUAAGUCGCUGAAGAGAGUAUUGGGUAACCGAAUGUACUUCACAUUGUUGUGUGUGUCGUUGCUGCAGUUUAGCAGCUUUAUUGGUUAUUUGACAUACACCCCAAAAUACAUAGAGCAACAGUAUGGUCAGCCGGCAACCAAGUCUAACUUUGUAACAGCUGUAACAUCCAUACCAGCUGUCUGCCUUGGUAUAUUCCUAGGAGGGCUCAUCAUGAAAAAGUACAAACUCAGCAUAAUUGCUGCAACAAAAAUGGCAUUUUCGCUGUCAUUUCUGGCAUACCUCAUUUCACUUCUCUACUUAGCAGUGGGUUGUGAGAACCGCACUGUGGCUGGAUUAACAGUAUCCUACGACGGGCAACCGGUUGAAUGGGACACAACUCCUUUAUCUGCAGCCUGCAACUUGAAUUGCAACUGUGCCACCAACCAGUGGGAUCCUGUCUGCGGAGACAAUGGGAUCACAUAUGUGUCAGCUUGUUUUGCCGGAUGCAAAGAUAUGACGGGAUCCAGGAAAGAAACAAUUUUUCAUAAUUGUAGCUGCAUUGGAAUGGUGGACUCUCUGAUGAGGAAUUCCUCAGCAGUUUUGGGAGAAUGUCUAAGAAGCGACUACUGCUCAAGAAAUUUUAUUUAUCACACAGCGAUAAAAACAGCAAGUUCCUUUUUCUUUGCAUUGGGAGGGACUCCUUUUUACAUGAUCAUGAUUCGAUGUGUACAUCAAGAACUGAAGUCUCUUGCAGUUGGUCUCUAUAUGCUUAUUUUGAGAGCUUUGGCUGGAAUCCCAGCCCCUGCUUAUUUUGGAGCAGUGAUAGACAGAGCUUGCUUGAAGUGGGCAAGCAGCAGGUGUGGCAAACGAGGAGCAUGCAUGCUUUAUGAUACUACAGCAUACAGAUAUUAUUUCUUUGGUCUAACAUUUGGCUUAAGAGCUCCAUCCUAUCUGCUGGGUUUAGUCUUUUUCUUGCUGGUAAAGAAACAUUUUGGAGUAAAAGAGGCUGAUGCUACUGAAACCGGGAUCAAAGAAGAUGCUGCUAUGAAUUGGGAAGCAGAGCCUAGUGGCACUGAACAUACGGCCGGCUUUUCAGAUGCAGAAGUGGACACCUAUAUCUAGCAAAAAUUAACCAUCAUACUGUACUUGGGCAAUUAUGUGCAUGUCCUGAAGGCAUUUCAGUUAUCAAAGAUUAAACUGACAACAGCACAGUGUAUUAUUUAAUAA